UGAGCGUACAGUGCUGCUGUUGAACCCAUCUUUGGGAGACAGGCUGGUGGUGAGCUCCACAGACCAGCUGAUCACCGCCUACGAGCCCCCAGAGGAGGACAAGGAGCAGGCCGUCACCUGGGCUCUGUCUGAAGGCCUGGAGCACAACAAGGGACACCGCCUUACCCUCACCCACCCCAAAGCAGUAAAGCAGGUAGUUUGGCACGGUAAGGGUGACUACCUGUCCAGCAUCAUGCCUGACAACAGCAGCAACCUGCAGGUGCUGAUCCACCAGGUGAGCAAGCGGCGGACGCAGAGCCCCUUCCGCAAGAACAAGGGCCUGGUGCACGCUACGUGCGGCGUCUACAACCUCAUCAAGCAAGAGCUGACCAAAAAGCUGAUGACCAACUGCAAGUGGAUCUCCAGCAUGGCCAUUCACCCUGGAGGUGAUAACUUGAUCUGUGGCAGCUAUGACUGCAGACUGGCCUGGUUUGAUCUGGACCUCUCUACCAAACCGUACAAGAUGCUGCGGCACCACAAGAAGGCCUUGAGGGGCGUGGCUUAUCACAGGAACUACCCCCUAUUCGCCUCUGGUGCUGAUGACGGCAGCGUGAUCGUCUGCCACGGCAUGGUCUACAA